GUCUUCCUGAAGCUGUUCCUGGAGACGGCAGAGAAGCACUUCAUGGUCGGAUACCGGGUCAACUACUACGUCUUCACCGACCGGCCGGCCGAGGUGCCGCACGUGGCCCUCGGGGAUGGGCGGCGGCUGGAGGUGCUGGAGGCGCGCAGCUACGUGCGCUGGCAGGACGUGUCCAUGCGGCGCAUGGAGGUGAUCGGCGACUUCUCGGAGCGGCGCUUCCUCCGCGAGGUGGACUACCUGGUCUGCGCCGAUGUGGACAUGCAGUUCCGCGACCACGUGGGCGUGGAGAUCCUGAGCCCGCUCUUUGGCACACUGCACCCCGGCUACUACGGCCGCGGCCGGGAGGCCUUCCCCUACGAGCGCCGGCCCCGGUCCCAGGCCCACAUCCCCCGCGAUGAGGGCGACUUCUACUACAUGGGCGCCUUCUUCGGGGGCUCAGUGUCAGAGGUGCAGCGGCUCGCCAAGGCCUGCCACCAGGCCAUGAUGACCGACAAGGCCAGCG